CAAUUCCGUUGUUUCUGGGUGGCAGAAAGUUUUUUGUUCAAACGGAGAAGUUUGUGGCCACAUAAGUCGAACAAGUGUGUCUACUGGAGCACAUUCUAUCAGCCAUCAAAACAGCUCAGCUGUUCUAGGUGUUUCAGUGUACGGAUUCGGCUCUUUCAGUUCUUACGGUUACCCUGGAGGCAUGAGAUUAUCUCCCAUACAAUGCAACUGUGGUCAAAAUUCUAUUUGUUUGAAUAACAUGGGACAGUUCAACUGUAGCUGCUUGAAUGGAUUUGUGGCUUCAUUGUCUGAAACAGAUGAAAUUGUCUGUACCACCAUAACCUGUCCUCCCUUGACUACUCCUUCCAAUGGCUCUGUGACAUACAGUGCCAUUGCUAAUCAAAAUGACACCUAUGCCUUUGAUGUGGUAGCUACCUACAACUGUUUCGCUGGGUUUUCUCUUGUCAGCGACAAUACAAGGAACUGCACUGGAGAUGGCAGUAGCACUACUGGUGCUUUUGCUGGUAUAGCUCCAAUCUGUGCAGCUAUAACAUGCCCUCCACUUUCAAACCCAACGAACGGCUCUGUGUCAUAUUCAAAUGUGCCUGGUCAAGGCAACAGCUAUGAUUUCAAUGUCGAGGCUACCUACAGUUGUGAUACUGGAUAUUCACUAGUUGAUAACAACACAAGGACUUGCACUGGAGAUGGAAGUAGCACUACUGGUUCUUUUGAUGGAGAAUCACCAAUUAACUUGUUCAUUACCUGCCCUCCCCUGAAUGAUCCUUCCAAUGGUACUGUGACUUACAAUGUUGAGAGUGAUAAUUUAGAGUUUGGAACGCAGGCAAUAUAUAGUUGUGACAAUGGAUUUUCUCUGGUUGGUAAUACGACCAGAACUUGCACUGGAGAUGGCAGUAGCACUACUAGUUCUUUUGAUGGAGAAGCACCAACUUGUGAAGCCAUAAUGUGCCCUGCUCUAAGUGACCCAAUUAAUGGUGAAAUAGACUAUGAUGGUGGAGAUACUUCUACUAACAACAACCAAAUUCCUUUUGGUACGAUGGCCACCUACACUUGUGUCAUUGGUUUUGCUCUGAUUGGUAAUGACAUAAGAACGUGUACUGGAGAUGGCAGUAGCACUACUGGUGCAUUUAGUGGAAUUGAUCCAACUUGUGAACCCAUAACCUGUCCUCCUUUGAUGACCCCAACCAAUGGCACUGUGUCUUAUGGCGGAGUUCCUACUGAUGUAAAUGGUAACUUGUCGUUCAAUGUAAUGGCUACUUACAGUUGUGACACUGGGUUUGCACUGGUUGGUAACAGCUCAAGGAUUUGCACCGGAGACGGGAUGAGUGUCAAUGGUGGCUUUAAUGGAACAGCUCCAACUUGUGACCCUAUAACCUGCCCUGCUGUGGCAGCGCCGAGUAGUGGCAGUGUUGACUUUGGUGGAGCCUCAUCUGAUGGAAACAGCAACUAUAUGCCUUUGAUGUGA